UCAGAAACCCCGGCUGGCUCCAGAGCCCCUCCCAAUUUUCCUUCAUUGCCCAAUCAUGAUUAAGCAGCGGUUAAUGCCUCAGCAGCGGUGGAUUCAAACGGAAGAUGAAAGAUGGCCGCGGAGAAAGAAUCUGAUGUAAAUAAACGAGACAGAAGGGGCACGGUGUGCAAUGUUGUAAUCAGUCAAGAGUCAGAAAUGGGAGGUGGUGGUGACGGCCGGCCUCCCAUCAUCUUCAACCCAGACUUCUUUGUGGAGAAAAUGCGUCAUGAGCGACCGGAGGCCUUCACAGAAUUGGUGCUGAGUAACAUCACACGGCUCAUCGACCUCCCGGGGGCCGAAUUCUCACAAUUACUGGGCGAUGAGGAACCCAAGACUCCCAACAGCACUGUGGCGGGAGGCUUUUUUCGCUCUUUCAACUUCCUUAAACGCAAAGACAAAGGCGUUGUGUUUGGCAUGCCCCUCACGGAGGAAGGAAUAGCCCAGAUCUAUCAACUCAUCGUGUACCUCAGCAAAAAUCUGCAUGUAGAGGGUCUUUUUCGGGUUCCUGGGAACAGCCUGAGGCAGCAGACGUUGAGAGAGCAGCUCAAUGGGGGAGCUGAUAUUGACUUCGCCUCCGGUGACUUCCAUCCCAAUGACGUUGCCACCCUCCUCAAAAGCUUUCUGGGAGAGCUGCCAGAGCCCCUGCUAACACAGCGCCACCUACACGCUCACUUGAAAAUCACAGAACUGACCACGUUUGAUGAUCAAGGCAAUAAGACAAGUUUGCCGGAUAAGGAGCGUCAGAUCGAGGCUCUGCAGCUUCUGCUGUUGCUGCUGCCCACCGCUAACCGAACCCUGCUCAAGCUGCUGCUGGACCUGCUCUAUCACACCGCCAAACAACAGGACAAAAACAAGAUGUCCGCACACAAUCUCGCACUCAUGUUUGCCCCCCACGUCAUCUGGCCCAAGAACAUGAAUGCCAGUGACCUUCAGGAGAACCUUAAGAAACUAAACAGCGGCAUGGCUUUCCUCAUCAAACAUUCACAGAAGAUCUUUCGGGCACCAGCGUAUCUGCGGGAGCACGCCAGACUUCAGUUCGCCAACACCAAAAUUAUUCACUCCAAGGAUGACCUGGAGCUGUUGACAGUCAGCAGUUCUCCUCUCAUGGCGGCAUGUAAGAGGAGCGGAGCACAAGUGGGGUUAGACUCGGAGAAUCACACAGAAGAGGCACUUAGAGAGCUCUAUCGACACGUCACCGAUAACAUGCCAAACUCCGCCAAGAAGAAAAAACUCAUCAGACAGCUUGGCAAGCAGUCAACCCCUGUGACUCCUGUCAAUGAGAAUACGACUCCUACUAGUAAAAAACACGCUCGCUCACGCUCCUUUGGUGGUCUUAUCAAGAGGAAGGUUUUGGGGAACCAGCCUGCCGCAGACAGGAGAGGGCGGUAUGUGUCUCCUCAGGGGAAGGAAAACAUCAGCAGCGAGCCGGUGAGCUGAACCGGGGCAUGAUGAUGAUGAUGUCACCAGCACUGGGUUCUGUGCAGCCUGUCUUUGUCUGUAGUGAAUUCAGCCUGAACAGAAGACUUCAUCCUGAACAACCAGAGGAGAAAGAAGUUUUAUUUUAAUUAUUUUAUUUAUAUUUUUAUAUUCUGUAUUGUUUUAACAUACUAAAUGUUGGGACUAAUUUUCAUUUAAUGUGACUUUCUUUUUCUUUUUUUAAUUUGCUGCAGAUUUUUAAACUGUUACAUCAGGUGUGCAUGGGUAAACCACUAGUCAGUUACACUGGGCGUUUUUAACUGACCCGUGAUAACAAUUACUCUCUGAGCUCAUUCAAAUUUGCAGUGUGUAUAUGUGUAAAUAUAUUUGCCUGUGUGGAAAUGUGUGCUGAUAUCUGGGCCAUAAUCACACAAUUCUUGCUGUAAUCAUUAAGGAACUAUUGACAACAUUUACUCACAACAAAUGCAUUACUGUUAUUUAUAACUGGUAUUUGUUUACAUAUAUCGAUAUUGUCUUAAUAACACUGUGAACAUUCGAAAUAUGAUAUUUUGUGACUAGAACAGGACAAAUGUGAUUUUAUUUUAAACCUAUUUGGGUGCAAAUCAUCAGCUGAUUAAAGUUUCCAUUCAAUUUAACCACUUAGUCAAGGAGGUUAAAUGUAUUUUGUAUAAAAAUGUAUUGCGAUUGUAUUAUAAUUUUGUGAUUUUCAUAAUUCAUACAGUGAGAAGUGCACAAAGCAGCCAUGUUUCUUAAUGAAAUGCUGUAAUGUUUUAUUCCAAGGGUUUUGGUACGUGUCAAGGGUCUUUGUGAUGUGUUUCGAAGGUUUGCGUAUGUUACGAGUGUGGAAUUAUGGGAAGGAUAGUAGUUGGGACUUUGAUUUGAUCAGCUAGUAUGUGCCGAGUGCAAGUUUGCAUUUGGAUCAGUGGGAAUUAAAGGAUGUUGUGAAAGGAA